AUGUCGUCUUUAUUUACUUUUUGUAGCAAAUCUACAAACUGUGAAGAGUGUGGGGAUUAUGUACGACACAUUUUUUCAUUGGUACCAGGGUCUAUAGCUGUUAUCGGUAUCUUGGCCCUUCUGUUGUUCCAAGCACCGCAAACUCAAUGCAGGCGAAAUGGUGAGUCAGCCAUUGCUAGAUCUAUUUUGCUGAUUAGUUAACGUCAUAUACUGCAGUCGAACUUCUUUUAUAACGGCCACCUAGUAUUCAUCACGGCCAUCACUGCACCUGAACGCGGACCACUUGUUUGUGGUCUGUGGCUGAUGGAGUCUGUCCAUACUUGGAUAUUGUUUCAACCUGUUAAAAACCGCAACGACUUGUAAACCGUAUACGUCUUAACCGACAUAGUUACCUCUAAAUAGCCAUUUACAUGCGAAAGAUUUGCAAGCUGGGGUUAUCAUUGUACCUUAAUUGCUCGCUUAUUUUGGCUGAGAAAUUUUUCCGACAUUUUCCGACGCGAUCACUGAUUUCCCCGCGAAACUGGUGAAGCCCAUAAAUUUCUAUAAUAAUGAUGAUGUGUCGCUACCCAAAUCUGACAAGUACUUCGGAUUGGUUGAAAAUUUGCUUCAUCCAAUCAGUGAGACGUACCACCCAAAUGUGGGUAGAGACACGUCAUCAUUAUGGAAUUGCUGCGGUGCUCUGCCUCAGACGUCAUUUCGCGGGGAACCAGUGGUGGCGUAGCGAAAUAACGGCGUUUUUCUAAGGCUAAAUUUUGCUUUGGAAUUUUAUGGAUUUUUACUUAUUCUGUUGCGUAUUAUAUUCUAUAAUAACCUAUACUACAGUGUUUCACCCUCACCACCGAAAACUGCUUUUUUAUCACACCCUUGCCUCGCAAAAACGCCAGGGGCCCCUUUUCCACAAGUCACAAAGGAAGCCAUUGUAGAGAGGUUCGAUUGUGUUCAGAAAAUGUUAUAAAAAAAGUAAAAGUUACCUUUGGUUCUCCCUGCGAUAACUUCAAGAGUUUGAGCAGGCAGUUUUACUCUAGAAAAGCAAGACUUUUCCCCUCUUCAAGAGAACUAUAGCUGCUAGGCUAAUCUGUGGCUGACAGGUCUUUCCCUCCAUGUUUAAGGACGGUGACCACUAUUGUUACUGUGCACAUUUUCUGCGCAUGAAAAGGUAGUCGCGCGCGACGCGAAAGAAAUGCGCAACACGCAGGACACGCGGACUGGUUUUGUCUCCUGUAAGUCUGGGAGGUUCUAGUUACCUCUUGUGGAAAAGAUGCGUCGUUUUUCAACAGAUGAAAAAUAAUUUCUUUUUGCCUUGUCAGUUCUUUGAAAACCGAAGAAGUAUGCGCAUGUUGCUAUUUCUACGUAUGAUCGAUUUGACUGAACAUUUUAUAAUCAAACAAAAGUCAAUUCUAAAAUAUCAAAAGUUUUGCUUCAAGAUGUUAUGCUUGGAGCUUGGGUAUUAAAGAAAUCCCUUAAUAGGCACGGAUCAGUAAACCAGAAGGAAAAUAGCUCUAAGUUCUCCGCGUAAUCGAGAAACUGCAAGCUUACCUUUCACACGCGUCCUUCGCGUUUUAUCGGCUGAUCGGCUAUAAACACUUUCCCAAAUAUUUCUUUAAUUUUGUAAGAUUUCAUGUAAUUAUUCACCAGAAGAUAGAUUUAAAGCGUUCGAGUACAUACAGAUGUCCCUUUUAUUGAGAGUCCGAGACUUUUAUUUGUUGAACAAACAAGGAAAAACUAUCACAAGAUUGCUUGGAUUGUUGAGAUCGCUGCUUCCCGAAUAGUUGCGGACCGCAAAGGAAACGCUUUCAUCGUUGAAAAAAUGGUAAAAAAAAUGGUAAUGCUUUUUACUAUUAUCAUUGUUUAAGCAUUUUGGCAUUACUAUGUAUUGAAAUUAUUGACUCAUUGGCAGCUUGUCGUGUAGAUAGUAUUUCUUAAGGUUCAAUUUCACGCAACACAUAAUCUGGACAUUUAGACACAGCUGCCAUUUGGCUGUUUACAAACUGAAGAUAGAGGGUAAAAUAAAGUAUUUCCAUUCUAAGACUUUCUUAGGUUUAACAGACACUGUUAAGUCUAAAAUUAACAUUUAGAAACGAAAAAUAGUGAAUGAUCAUGACACAGAAUGCUACCGUAAAAAAAAUCAAAGCGAAAUAUAUAAAAUGAUCAUUAUAGCCCAGUGUAUAUAUGAGGUACAUAAGCGCAUUCGGUACAACUAACUCUCACACUAUUCAGCUUUUUUAAAAGAGAGCUCAUGUAUGGAACUUGAGUCUAUGCAAAUCAUUUAUGUCAUAUGGCACUUGUGGCAAAGCCCGAAAGAGAUAGCGCAAAGCACAGAUAUAAGCUCAUGUAUGCAAGUUUAUUAAUAACAUAUUCGAUCGAGGUACCCGGUAAAAUGAUAAAAAAAGCUAGGAUAGAAGGUUUACAAUCCAUAUUACAUCUACAGUUCAAAAAAUCUUGAGGACAUGUACAGGUAAGCAAACGAUUGAAGGAGCUGUACCUGUCUUAGAGUCCCUGUCGACUAUUUUCCACUACAGUACAGUAGUUUGUUUACAGCACCAGCCGUGGAUCUUGAGCUCGCCAUACUACUCUAUGUGCGCUGCAAGUAAUCUCUAAUACCUUGGAGAUUGCUCUUCUCCAAAAUUUUUGUUAAAUGUUUGAGACGGAGAAGCUCCAGUUGAAUGAAAUAGUAUAAUUUGUUUUCCUUAGAGUCCAUGAAAUGUCCUGUUUCACUUUCUGUUUUUGCUCUCCUCCGUGUGUUGUUGUUUUCUCUGACUGUUAGCCAUAGUGGAUAUCCCAGAGUACUCUGCGUUGAGUGAAGCAAUAGUGAAACUGACCAGGGAGGGGAUGGGGAAAACUGUAAAUAACCCCCAAAGCGAUUAAGUUGAGGCCGAAACCAACCAAUUAACUUCCAAAAACGCGCGGUAACCCCUACUUUUUAUCCUACCAAAUGAAAGUAAUAAGCCUACUCAGCAAACGAUCAAUUUUUGGUUCGGGGAAAAUGUCGUUUACACUAUUUUUGAAGCAAACGCGUGGAGAGGGGUAACUGCUGAUAAAUUCCCAGUUGUGCUGAUAUUUCAAAAAAAGACGUAUAAAGAGCAGUUGUUAUGUUAUCGUUUGUUACAUAUUUUGAAACCUUGUUACAAUUAUCAUUGCAUUCGUGCCAGUUCACGUGUACAACUUUUCAUCAUUUUUUAAAAAAAAAGGCCCAUUGAGCGUUUUUUUCCAUAUUGAAGCGCAGUUAUCUCUGAAAAAUGGGCGUUUAUAACCCCCAGUUUUCUUUUUGAAAUUGAAUAGCCCCUGAUAUGAUAUACUUGUCUCACAUAGUCAUUAUCUGGGAAAAAAAAUACUUCCCAUUUGUGGGCACCGUCCUUAAUUGUGUCAAGUUCAUAAUUCCCCGGAUGCACACAAUUUUCUUCGAUUCUCUUCACAAAUCGAAGGAUCUCUUUUCAAUCUGUGGAGCGACUCGCUUUAAACGAAAGGUAAAGAAAGAGGAUAGAGACAGGCCAUGGGAAUGAGCUGGGUGCAUUCAAAGCAACAACAUUUAUGUUUUACUGAGAUCCUCUUUUCUUACAGCAGCUAAAUCAGAUGCCAGCAUAAAGUCAGAAGGAAAAGCAGAUAAUCGCCUUUAGUGACAAGUCAUUCUUGUUUGAUGCCCUGAAAGGUGAAGAAAGGAGAUAUCAUGCCAAGCUCCCUGUUUAACCUAUUGAUAACUAUAGACCCUAUAUGCAACUAAACUUUCGGUCACAUUAAUCCCUCUGAUGAAGGGGAACUGACUCCCGAUUAUACGCGAAUCUUCGCCA